AGCUCGCUCGUCGUGCAAUACCUCAAAGGCCCCUUAUGCGUGACCCUGAGAAAAAUAAAAAUUUACUCGCAAAAUGAUUUGAAAUAUUAAGAUGCCGCUCUUUUUGAUUCCUUGUGCCAGCAGUGCAAUUUUCGGUUUGAUAGGGAAACAAAGACCACCCUGGCGACAGCAAGAAGCAGGGGGCAACGGCCACCGAUUCCAUGGAACAUAACAACUUUUAUGUGUCCUUGCACCUAGAUAUCGGUGCCGGCGUGCCCAUGCGCCACACUCUCCUCAAUGAGCUGCUAUUCAAGCUGGUCGUGUUACGUCGGUGGGUCGACGCCCGCGACCGCGUCUGGCGCUUCAGCGACCGGGACCGCCUUUUUGUGGAGUCGAGCAAUCGAUGGGUGGUGGGCGACCGCUUGUCGUUCGCGCGACACCUGCAAGUCUUUAAUGUGCCAUCGCCGCAAGCUUUACUGAAUCGCUCCGCUGUCCUCCCGCAAAGCAAUUUACCGCUCGAUGAAAAUGCGAGGAUUCAAGAACGCAUGAUGCGCUGGCAGCUCGAAGCAGUUCGGGGCGAAGCGAAGGCCGAUGUUCUGCUCCUGGGUGUUGGCAAUAUAGAGGAACACCAGGAUCGCCCGCAAAUAGAAACUGCAACGAACAAAAUCUGGC